UUUCACGUUUGUGUGCGACUCACACAGGGCUGGGAGAGACUGACGGGGGUGACGUGCGUUUAUCAGGAAUUGUUUUCACUCCGUCGAUAUUUAGGAGCCCGCGAUUGUGUCAGUUUUUCGUCACGCUCCGACGUACAAUUUUUAAGCUUUAAAGAUCCCUCAACCGUUGUCGGAUGCAAAGAAAUGCGCGAUAAAAUCAGCGCGUGGAGUGUAAAUACGGAUCCGGCUAGCUAGCAGGUUAGCCUGCCCAAUUAAGCUAGUUAGGGCGCUUAGCUAAUUAACUUUGCGCGUUUUGCAUCCCUGAAAUCAAAUGUUUGAACGGUAGUCUGUGUUAUUUGGAUGCACGGUGUUUUUAAAAGCUCAGGUGGCUGUGGUCUGCCACCUGUCGCCUUGUGUUAGUUAGGGAUCCGGGCAUCUGAUGGACAGCGUUGCGGUGAGUCUGGGCACUGGGGCGGUUAGCUUAGCGAGACAGCAGAGGACAGCACGGAUGUCGUGGCAAGCUCAUUUGUCCCUCAGGGACUCUAGUUGGUAGUCAUCUUAGAUUAUAAAACAGGGCUUGGGCAGCGUUGAGGAUUUUUUUUUUGUUUGGACUGAGGGAUUCAUACACAGCUGGCCUUCAAUCUCAUCCAGCAUUUGGCCUUGUUUGAUCAGACAGAUCUGUUUGUACGAGCACGUCGGGGUUGUGUUCGGGUAGUUCUGCGUUGAUUCAUCGACUGUACCCAGAAGGUAUCCCGGUUUUCCCCUUCAGCACUUUCGAUUCGGUGCAGAAAGAGCCAGGGCCCUAACGCCACCUAGGCCCAUCACUGGAGUUCAUUGGCUUUUUAUGCAUCAAAGGCCUGGACCGUUGCGAUUUUAAACGACAUUCCCCCAAAUCCAUCCCGGUACUUUCCCGCAUUCGACUCGUUUGCAGGAGAGGAGCAGACAGAAGCGUGUCAGAUCGGGGUUGGGAUCUCUAGACGUUGCGGUGAUGACUCUGGAGUCCAUGAUGGCCUGUUGCAUGAGUGAAGAGGCGAAGGAGUCCAAGAGAAUCAACGCCGAGAUCGACAAGCAGCUCCGGAGAGACAAACGAGAUGCGAGACGAGAGCUUAAACUUCUGCUGUUGGGCACAGGCGAGAGUGGCAAGAGCACGUUCAUCAAACAGAUGCGCAUUAUUCAUGGCACGGGCUACACCGAUGAGGACAAGCGCGGCUUCACCAAACUCGUCUACCAGAACAUCUUCACCUCAAUGCAGUCCAUGAUCCGCGCCACCGAGCACCUCAAAAUCCCCUUCAAAUAUGAAGAAAACAAGGCAAACGCUCUGGUGGUGCGCGAGGUGGACGUUGAGAUGGUUUGCUCCUUUGACCAGCCCUACAUCAAUGCAAUAAAGAUGCUAUGGGCAGAUCCAGGCAUUCAGGAAGCCUAUGACCGUAGGAGAGAGUACCAGCUCUCUGAUUCCACUAAAUAUUACCUUAACGAUUUAGAGCGUAUAUCCACCCCGGGGUACGUGCCCACCCAACAGGAUGUGCUGAGGGUCCGAGUGCCAACAACUGGCAUCAUAGAGUAUCCCUUUGAUCUGGAGAAUAUAAUCUUCAGGAUGGUAGACGUCGGUGGACAGCGAUCAGAGCGCAGGAAGUGGAUCCACUGCUUCGAGAACGUCACGUCCAUCAUGUUCCUGGUUGCCUUGAGCGAAUACGACCAGGUCCUUGUGGAGUCUGACAAUGAGAAUCGAAUGGAGGAGAGCAAAGCGUUGUUUCGCACAAUCAUCACGUACCCCUGGUUCCAGAACUCUUCAGUCAUCCUGUUUCUCAACAAGAAGGAUCUGCUGGAGGAGAAGAUCAUGUACUCGCACCUGGUGGACUAUUUCCCAGAAUUUGACGGUCCACAAAGGGAUGCCCAAGCAGGCCGCGAGUUCAUCCUGAAGAUGUUCGUGGACCUCAACCCAGACAGCGACAAGAUCAUCUACUCGCACUUCACUUGCGCCACUGACACCGAAAACAUCCGCUUCGUCUUCGCCGCCGUCAAGGACACCAUCCUGCAGCACAACCUCAAAGAGUAUAACCUUGUGUGAGAAAGAGAGAGAGACACCUGCAGCCCACGUACGGCCGAAAGCACGACACACCUCUACGUAUUACACACGCAGAAACACACACGCACAGGAAAUGUAACCCGACUGUGCGGACACACCUUCACUCCAUUAGGCACUGGAUCUUCACGUUCACAGCCCUUCUUAUUUGCCCGUUUAUCUUUUUGCUUGAGUGUCGACACCUGCGUACUUAAGUUGAUAGCUUCACCGUCCGCUCCUCAUUGGUCCGUCUUGGUCAUACGUGAGGGCUGGACCGCUAAUCUGGUGCCUAAUGAUUAAGAGGCACAUUUGUUUGCUCGCUAGAUGGGCUGUAGGUGAGCUCUACCUGAGGUAUGAACUUUACCAAUACGCUUUAGGUGGAGAUUUUUGAAGGACAGAUGACGCGGUUUGUCACACGUCUAAACUUCACCUUGCAUCACUGAAUUUCACUAGGUGUCAGAUUUGUAACACUAUAGGAGGUGGAGGUGACUGAACGAUUUGAUUUUAAUACUAUGUUAGGGGUUGAUGUGUACAAUUUGUUCCAUCAGUACUGGAGAAAAGAUGGUGCACGUAUGACUUUACGACUUUUACAAGAAGUUCACGAAAACAACGCCAUGGUUCUAGGUGUAAUUCUCAUUUAUGUGUAAACCUGUUUUUACAACUCUAACAAAGCUCUUUCUUCCCAAAAACGUUUGCCAGAAUACGUAGUUGAGUCCUUGAAUCACUAAAUUGAUCAUUUCCUGCAUUCUAAUAUUUGCCAGUAUUGUUUAUGAUCAGUACUAUUAAAGGGAUUGAGCUAGUAUUCCAAUAUAUUUACAGAAAGAUGAUUUUGUUUACAUGCUUUGUCACAAAUCAGUUUUCGAAUCUUUGGUCGUCGACCAAAUAAUAAAAUAAAGGCCUUUCCCAGCUAAUUCGUUCAAGUUUCUACGCAGUACAACACGAAUGUGACAUGAACUUUAAAAUGUUAACAUCCAGCGUUUCAAACACAAGUGGAGUACCGCCGUUCUGGCCAUCGCAACACAAAAGUGAUACGUAGGGUAAAAUCGAUUCGUUUUUUUUAAUUUAUGUAAUUUAUGGACCAGAUAAUCGGACUCGCUUUUCCAUGCGAUUGCACUACAGCGUAAGCGGGGAUUGGGUCUUUACUGCUGUAAAAAUAAAAUCCAUAGGGAAGUGAUCUACUUUGCUUUUGGUAUUUUACGUAAUUGAUUGUCACAGUUUUUUGAAAUGCUUGAAAAUGAGAAGUUCCAUUUCACGAACGUCGCUUUAUGCAAAUAGGAAAUUGAGAAUUUUAUCAGUGGCUGCGUGUCUCUGCUUGCGUUUUCGUAUUUUGAGAGUCCGCUCUCGGUUUCGUAGAACCAUAUCUUAGUACUCGCUCGAGCUUUUUUGGAUUCCAUAGCUAGUGCGUUUCACAGCUAGCUUGCUUUGGUCUUUAAAAUGUUAUUCAGGUGAGUUUUCAUACUUUCAUUACAAGGGCUAAUAAUGGGCAAAGCUGACUGAAUGAGAAGACUCUAUGAAGAUUAUAGAGCAAUAGGUACGGAGCAGGGAGUAUCUGAAUCGGGGACAGCGCGUGGUAAUGCCCGGGGAGUUGCCAUUGCCGUAGGUUCAGUUUGCAAUACAUCCAGGGAACGCUUUAAAAAUCAAAGAAAUUGUUGGUUUUGUGAGGCCCCUUUGAAUGGAAAAUGUAUUAUGCGUUUAAACAUUUUGGAAGUAAGCUAAGCUUUUGAAUGGAUCGUCUUCUGCGGAGAACUGUUGGGUCAUUCUGUUAGUUGAGGGCUAAACUAUUAACCCUUUUCCUUGUGUGUUUUUUCCACUAAUGGCGUCGCACAUUUUUGCCAGGAAUGGUUUUUGAGGGCCACAGUGUCUGAAGUGCAUAUUUCUUAGGCAUGUUUAUUGCAUACUUUGCGUUUCACCGUUCCAAUUUAUCGCUCAAUUUAAACUCAAAAUAGUUUGAAUAUUUGGAAUAACAUCGUCUACGUCGGACCGAAAUCUAAAAUUAAUUGUAAAAACGUACGAAAUCUGUGAGCAACAACGGUCACUUUUUAGUGAAUAGAGUUUCAUUUUUUGUAAUUUGAAUGUAUUUUAUGAUGUGAUGUCGGGACUGUGCAGAACAUGGUUUCGAAGGUGUAAUGCAUAACAUUUUUCCAGAGCCACAGCUGUAUAUAUUUGCCGUUUUGUUGCAUUCAAAUAAUCUUCUAAGUCUACUUUACAUUGAUAAUGUUUGGAACUUUUUAGUACAAAUUGAUGAUUUGCCAACAUUGUGUUCAUUUAACGGAACAAUCGUCUCGUGCCAGUCCAGUUAAGCUGCUGAUUUUUUCCAAACAUCCAAAAUUUGCAUCCGUAAUGAAGGGCGGGGCUUCACGCUGCGUUCAUUAUUUACUUGUAUGUUUACUUAAAUAGAAUGGUACUGUUAGUAGUUUAAUGCCAACUAUUUCAAACUUGUAUUGGAAGUAGACGACAAUUGCGAUUUUGAACGUUAGGAAGUUUGUAAAUACAGGCUUGAUUUUAAAGGGCUAGGCCUAAUCUGAACCUGAGAACUGAUUUUUUUUUUCUUUACGCAGCAAAGAAACACUACAGCCAGUUAUUUCCUUCCCAUCCAGUAUCGCAAAACGUUGUGCAAAUGGUUAAAGAUAGCUUUGAUAUUCAAGUUCAGUUCUAAAACAUACUAUUAUAAGGUGUUUUGUCAUUAUCAACAGUUCACGGUUGAUGUUUUUUCCUCCCUGGGUCAAUGCACUGAACCUACUUUGCAGUAAUGGAACUAACUCCACUCAUGUGAUGUAUCUGUUCCUUCAAACUUGUUCCUGGUACUCGGAGAGAUACAAACACUAAUGAAUAGAAACGCCGCUUUCUCUUGAGUCCACACUGAUGUGAUGGAUGUACACAAUAUGAAGCUAUCUCUUACUUUCUGUUUUUCUGAUGUUGAUGCAUUACCUGAACACUUGUAUGUAGGACACUUUAAUAUAAUACAUUUGUUUUGAUAAAACAGGUUAAUAAUAACUUUUGUGUAGUGGUGUAUAAAAUCAAAGUAUUGUAUUACUUUGUAAUGUAUUUCUCGUUCGGUUGGUUGCUUUUUUGUUUCUUUUUUUAAAGCAUACCAAAUGUAAAUGAUGUACUAUAUUGAGUGUGCCAAUCCCUUUGAUUUGUAGAGCCAGACUCUUUACAAGUGCCAAUGUUGUGGAAAUCAUUUAAAAAGGACUUGUGUAUUUUCUGGUCCGGUUUUUAAAAACAAAUAAACAUUAAGUAUGUGAUUAUGGUAAAUACGCAACAGGAAAAGGACAAUUUUAUUCUGUAUUUAAGAUUCAAGGUGACAAACUGCUGUUUUUAAAAGAAACUACAUUUGAAUUGCAUGUGUUUGUUUUCAGCGGAGAGGGUCUGGUAAAGGAGAUACUGUAUUAGCGCGAAACCCUGCUGUCGAGGGGCUUGAUUCUUCUUCAUUUACAGUAUUUUAGACAUAUUUCUCUUUUGUAUGUUUCAUUUCAACCACUGUUGCCUGAACCUCAUUCAUACAUGAAAAUGACUUUCAUAGCCUUCUCCUUUAAAGAAAAAAUAUCCAUUUUAAAUUGGAAUAAAAUUUGUUCCUAUA